AAAAGGCAUUGAAAACAAACAAUUGAUUCAAAAAUAUCACACAUUUUGUUGUUUAUCGGCAUUUGUCUGAAGCGUUGGAUCAGUUGUUUUGUUGCUUACGGUUUGUGCGAAGACAAUGGCUAGCGAUGGUCAUCAAAGUGCCGGCGACUGGUGUCUCAUUGAAUCGGAUCCGGGCGUCUUCACGGAGUUGAUCCGUGGCUUCGGAGUGAAUGGAGUACAGGUCGAAGAGUUGUAUUCGUUGAGUGCUGACUGUUUCGUUAACCUCAAACCGAUUCAUGGAUUGAUAUUUCUGUUCAAAUGGAUGCCAUCGACCGAACCGGAGGGCAAUGUCGUGGACGACGAGCGGGUGUUCUUCGCCAAACAGGUGAUCAACAACGCGUGCGCCACUCAAGCCAUCAUUAAUAUACUGCUCAACUGCGGCCACGAAGACAUACAAUUGGGCCAAACGUUAACCGAUUUAAAGGAAUUCAUUCAGUACUUCGACCCGACGAUGAAAGGCCUGGCGUUGAGUAACUCGGAUGUCAUCAAACAGGUCCACAACUCGUUCUCCAGACAACAAAUGUUUGACUUCGAGACCCAGAAGGCGCAGAAAGACGACGACGUGUUUCACUUCAUAUCAUACGUGCCGAUCAACGGCCGACUCUACGAGUUGGACGGCCUUAAGUCGGGACCCAUUGAUUUGGGAGCCAUCCCUUUGGCCACCGAUUGGAUCGAUACGGCGCGGCCUCACAUCGAGAAGCGGAUGCAGAAGUACGCGGAGGGAGAGAUUCACUUCAAUCUGAUGGCACUCAUCAGCGAUAAGAAAAUGCUUUACGAGAAACAGUUGGCGUUAUUGCAGAAACAGGUGGAGAGCGACGUCUCGAUGGACACGGACUCGAUUGAGGCCGAAAUAUGUCAUCUGAAAGCCAUGAUUGCCGAAGAAGACACCAAAAUGAAGAGAUAUAAAGUUGAGAACAUUCGCCGAAAACACAAUUAUUUGCCACUAAUUAUGGAGAUCUUGAAGACGUUGGCAGCGGAGGGACGGCUCACCGAUUUGGUAGAUAAGGCCAAACAGAAGGCCAUUCAAGUGAAAAAAAUCAAAGACGACAAGAAGUCCAAUAAGACAUAAAAACGGCGAUUAUUUUUAAUCAUUUUUUAAUAUUUAUUACAUUC